UGGUGUCAGGUUUGCCUGUCAGCCCGUCAGGGAGCUGUUAUUUUGGUUCAUUCUGCCCUUGUUGUUGGGGCCUCAGAAUGCAUUUCUUGCCCCUCCUCUCGACCAACUAUAGCCUUCAAUCUGGCCACCAGUUGUCCACCAUCAUUGACUCAAAGCAGCAAUAAGGAUCUUCGUACUGUCGAGCGACCUCCUAACGACCAGUACCACAAAGAUCUGGCAUCCGCGUGGCUAUUGCCUGGACAUGCUAGGCUUCUCGUUUGCCUAAUUUGUAUUGCAGACAGCUGGGGUCAUUUCAACGACUGCAUCUGGUUGCAGGCCCAGCCGCUUCCCACUACACUCUAUCGUCACGUACAGCUGCAUCAGCAACAGCAACAAAUUCCCGUCACCUUCGACCUCAAACAGGUUACCGACCCUAAGGCCGGCUCUAGCGACCACUUACAACUGACUGGCCAGUGCUCGGAAAUCCUGGUUGCACAACUGAUCCGACUACCAGUCAACUUCUCGGUUAUUGGUUGUCCUCUCGUGUUUGCCAUGUCAGCCCUGCAUUGUUCUCCACAGUCUCCAGACCCUUUAUUAGGCAUCAGUCCUGAGAGUGACCCAGAAGGUUCAACCACGCUCACCUCAAAUCAGCCGAGAUUUCCCAUUUCCCCCAGGGAUGCCAAUGAGGACAAGAAUUCAGUAGACAGCAAUGAUAACAUUCGAGAUUUAGGAGACCCAAUCGAAGCCAUGGGCCAACUGGCAGAAAAACGAAUUGCAACUCCAACAGGGGAAAGGGAAAAAUCUAGCGAUUUUGCGCGUAUCGGCCAAUUGUCAGCCUUAAGUAGAGGGACUUUGCAACGUCAUUCAGGACUGGGUCUAGCAAAUGAGUCGGACAUUGAGCUUAAUAGCGUGCCACUAUUCUUCAUGAAUCCAGUUCCGCCAGACCUGGGGAUCUGGAGACAAGCGACGGUUCGCUUUGGCUCGCGUCUCCUAGCCUCACCUACGGUCAUCCGAGAGGUACGCAUCAUCAACAGAGGCCCAUUCGACUUACCUAAUUGA